AGCCAGGCGACGGCCGAAGAUCUGUACGGGGACGGAGCAGGAACAACGUCCUCCGUAUUUACCUCGUUUACGAUCAACAAGAACUACAUCUGAGUGCAUUUCUAUCCACGACCCAGAUCAACAACCAAGCAAAGAUGUUGGCGAAACGGUACGCGGAGAUGCAGCUGAACUCGCAGGCUGCGGUGAAAGCGAGAGCAAAGUCUGCGCAGAAGCAACGCCCCAGCGGCGCGGAGAAACGGGUGAACGUGAACCAACUGAAGGAAUUAUCAUGUGUAAAAGCAUCCCCACACCAUAGUCCAGAUGGGAAGUCUGCAACACAAAUCUCCAAGUUUUGGGAGUUCUGCAUGACAAGUUUGGCCUCAUAGUGUGAUCCUGUUUAGCUAGUUGAGCAGCAUCGCAGAUCCAGCGCAGCAUGCCAAUUGGAGCAUGACAAAUUGCGAAACGCGACUAAUAAAAGAUGCCUCUCAUGGGGCUCCGCAUGAGAAGCAUUUUUACCAUGCAGAUUUGCAUGACAACUCUGGGGUGGGGACGUUUUUACUCAGGAUAGGAAUUCUACCUGAAACGCCUCGAAGUGCAAAAAACCUCCCAUCUCACCGGCUCUUCCGCGGCCGGCGGCGCCUCCAGUAGCUCGGCGGGGAGCUCCAAAAACGGCUUGUCGGGUAGUAGCCAGAACAUCUUCGGGACUACAGGUGGUCUAACCGGCAGCACAGUCGGCACGCCAGCCAGCACGUUCGGCAGCACUGUAAGUACGGUCGCGAAGAAUCGGAUCGCACUGCCGAAAGCAGACGCCAAUACGGAAACGGUGACGUUGUGUUUGAACACGAAUACGUUGGAGACGGAAAACUCGAAGUUGUUGGGAAAGAGUGGGACACCGCUGCACUUGGAAUCGUUGGUAUUAUACCAGCAAAAUUAUCUGAUGUGGAUGUGCUCCUGCUGCUGCGCAUGACAUGCGUCCAUUCCAAAAAGCAAAAUAAAUGAAACUGAUCACGGUGCGAUGCAAAAAAAACCCAACAUCAAAACAGCCUCCCGUGGAGCGCGUCGAGAACUACAACAGCCGGCUCUCAAAUUUUGCCCAGACGCUGCAAGAGAGGAUUGAGAAAAACCAGCUGAAGGCAGGAGUGACAAGGCAUUUGACGCAGGUGAAAUACCAUUUAGAAACGGCGUAUGGAUUGCAAAAGUGUCUGGGUCUGGAAGAGUUAUCAUGCAGCUUUUGCAUGACGCAGAAGGUCUGGCAUGGAAGCUCUAGCGUCACAGCUUUCCAGAAGCUUCCGCAAUGCUGAAUCCGCAUGACAAAUGCCCCAUUUUGGUGACAGAAAGUGGGCGCCUUUUGCUACCUAUGCAUGAGAGAUUUUUCUGUGUUCUCAAAUGCGCAUCACAAGUUUGCACUCUUCCAGACCCAGACACAUUUGCAUUUAAUACGGCGAAAGGGUGGACCAUGGGGUGUGUGGACAUCGGCGUUUUGUCGGAGCACACUGUGGUUUAUCCAAGAAAAAAACAUUGUUGGUGUAAAUUUGUGAUGCGCAACAUGCAAGACGAUUGCGUCUGUCAUGCUAAGCAUGCUUCGUAGCGCCCACUAAAGGGCGUUUUCGUGACGUGCUAUCUGCGCAUGACAGGUUUUUGCUGUCGUGCCAGACGAAUUUGUAAUGCUGUUCCUCCAAAAAAGUUACACCUACAGUGUUUUUUUCUUGGAUAUGGUGUCUUUAGCGUCCAUUGUGUCUUCCGCCCUCACACUGGUGCCGCAGGAAUACGUCAUUUCGAAACGGUAUUGUCAUCAUCUGUUUGUGGCGGCUAUACAAGGCCAAGUGUUCGAUUGUCUUGCUUGCAUGUGAUUAUUUCGUGCAUCAGCAGCUGCGACUACAGCCACGGCGAAAAAAUGUCUUUCCUCCAUCAAAUAAACAGGGUCCACACCAUCGUGCGAGAAAAAGAGAAAUACCUCCGAAAAUUGAAGAUAGAGGCCGGGCAGUUGGCAACACGACCGGAAGACGCUGAUGACCUAGAGGAUGCGGAUGAGGUACGACUAGGAGAUGUUGAGCAACGCUUUUACAAACGUGGUCGGCUGUGAUUCACAUCACUGCGGCACAAGCACGUUCUGUUACUGUCUCGCAUAAACACAUCUUCUCUCGUCCAAAAUACGCAACAGACUGACUGUCUCUAACGACAACUCUCAGGACGAACGCGCGGACGGUGCGAAGUCGGAGGUCACCUCCGUUGUCGGGUUGUCGAGUUACUGCGGUACCGAAAUCUCCGCAACGGAUAUUACCGCCACGAGUCGGGGCGGCACCGGACUGGCGCCGCCGAUAAAUGACGUCGCGAAUCUGUCAAGUUUGCAGACGGAGUAUCAUGAUAUUGUUGAAAUUCAAUGCUUUCUUUUUUUUUCGAUGAGAAGUUUGUCAUUCGAGGAACUACAUUCGCAUUCUCUAGUGCUUUUUGCAGUUUUGCAACACAAAUCCCACCAGCAUGAACGCCUGCAAGACGGACGAGGACAAGCGAAGAUGGUUCUACUCGCAGUGUUUGUAUCCAGUGCAAAAGUAUCGUACUCGUAUAAAUGCAAGUCUUGCAUCACAAAUCUUGUUCCCAGGGCAAAUCAGCAUAUACAAAUUUUAUCUCUCAUGCUGAGGAAAUUUGUAAUGCAUUUAUACGAGUGCGAUACUUUUGCAGUUCAUAGCUUGACAGUGAAACUCAAGUGUACGGACAAGGACAAGGCUAAGAAGACCCUGAUCUCCGACAUCUACAAGACCUGCCUGGUAUUGAAAAAGUUCGCUGUUGUACGAACAACUUGUCAUGCGAAAAAAAUGACAAAUGCAAAAUAAUCUGGCAUGCUCAUGGGUCAACAUUAGUAAGUCCGCCGUGUAUGUUGAAAUUGUAUCGUUUAUCAGGAGCAGAAAAUUCCGAUGGAGAACUGGACUGCCUGGAUUCACGAGCAGUUUGGCACGGAGCAAACCCCGGGCUCCGGUGCCCAGUCCCCUGCUCUUUCCCCCCCAAUGAUCGUCGGUCCGACGGUUCCGCAAACCGCGCCGAGUAGCUCGAGCUCGUCUCUUCUCGCAGCGACUACUAGUGCAGCAGCAGCAGCUGUAGGGAGAUCUUCCACGUCCGGCGCAGCAUCGUCAUCCACUUCUGCAAAUGCAAUGAUGAAUAACUACAACAACUCUGCACUACCCCCGCCCUCCACCGCCGCCGGCAGUCUCCAGAAACCGCACCGAGCCGGGAGUAAAUCAUCCGGUGCGGGUAGCAUGAUCGUAAACCCGCCAGUAGGACAAGCCGAGCCGAGUAGUGUUGUCCAAAGACAGCUGAGCGGGGCAUCGCCCAUCAAUCCGAACGCGGAAUUGACCGCAUCGAACCUCAAUGCGCUAAACGAAAAGCUGAACCCCCCGACGACCACUACAGACACAAACCCCACCACCAGCAGUUACUGGCAGAGCAGCGCCCGUGGGCAGCGGAAAGACACGAGUCCACUGCCGGCCCCGCGGGGACCGAUCGUACCCGCGCACCAGAGUGGCACGGCAACACCCCCGGUUCCGCUGGGAACAAGUGUGCCGAGCAGAGGUGCGGCGGUGAUUCCCAGUAUCAGCGGGUCGGAGAAUGGGAACGGAGCUGCAGGAGCAGGAGUCACCGGCGGUGCCGGCGCAGCAGCAUCAUCACAGCCUCAGUUUACCGGCGUCGGCAGUACAACUACAGCAAAUAUUAACGCUGGCCCGACUACAACGUCGUCGAACAUCCGCACCACUGCUCCGACGACCGCCACUGCCCCGAGCCGGCCGCAGUUUGGGAUCGCUGCUAUGCAUUGCAAAAGCAUCGUCCUAGUAGAAAUCGCAAUAUAAAUUUUCUCAGAAGGAGAAAUGGAGUUUGUAAUGCUAAUUUGGCUAAGAAACAAGAUUUGUCAUGCAUGAUUGCAAUUAGUACGAGCGUGAUACUUUUGCAGAGCAUAUAAGCAAGACCGAUGCAGUUUGGCAUGCUCCAGACGCAACCACUGCAAUUCGGCACCGGGGCCAGCAGGUUCUCCGGGUUUCAACUGCCGCCGAGAACCAUCGGACUGAACAUGCGGCCAUCGAUAUCCUGA